AUGUCAUCAGCAGAAUCUUUGAUUAUUGCUUAUUAUUCUUUAAUAUUGGUUAUUAUUGGAACUCUUUUUAAUUUUUUGACAUUUCUCGUUCUUUGUCGAUCAACAUUUAGAGAUAAACAAGCAAGACCAAUUGUUCAUUAUAUGCGUACAAUAGCUAUAUUUGAUAUUUUAAUGUUAUAUGGAUGGAAUCUUAAUCAUUAUCUAAUGAUUGUACAUGAAUUUCAUCUUCUAAAAUAUUCAAUAGUAUCAUGUAAAUUUAUUAGUUUUAUCAGUUAUUUUACUUCACAAACAUCGGCUUGGCUUCGUGUCUUUGUUUGUCUUGAUCGAUAUUUAUCUUUGAGUCAUAUUCAUCGAGCAUGGAUGAAUCGAUCAAAAACUGUUCUUAUUAUUAUUGCAUGUGUUAUUAUGACUUCUAUUCUGUUAAAUUUACAUAUACUUAUUUUUGCUUGUUAUAAAAAAAAUAAUGGUACUAUAAGUAUUCAAGCGCGAUCGUAUAGAAUCUAUCCUCUAUGGAAUCAUGUUCAUUUAGGUGUAUACAAUUGUGUUCCAUUCAUAUUAAUGGUUAUAUUGAACACUGGUGUUAGUUAUCAUUUACUUCAUUUUCAACGUACUAAUUCAACUCCAAAUUCGCGUAUUCAACAUCGAGCUAUAACACUUACAUUAGUUAUAACAACAUCUCUUUUUUUAGUUAUGACUAUACCAGCAGCAGUUGCUUACGCGUUUUUUAUACAAGCAAACGCUACGCUAUUAUGUUUUUUGGAUGGAGUUCUUUAUACAUAUCAUGUAUUAUCAUUUCCAUUGUAUUUAAUUACAUGUAAUGGAUUUCGACGAGAAUGUAUUGAAAUGUUAACAUGGAAAUGUUGUCAUCGAAAAGUUGUACCACUAAUCGAUCCUCGAGAAUAG